UCCAAGACCACAACAGCAUUCCUGUUACAAAGCUGCACAUGCUCCCGAGCUUCUAACCUUUUCUGAUCAUCACAGAGCAGCUGAAUCGAGGAGAGUCCCUACUUCCCUUCGCUGUCUCGAAACGUUAAACUCCCUAGCAACGGGGAAAACAUCCCUCAAAGAGAGAAUCCUAAGCUACCUAGCAACUAAACAAUGUCAUUUAGUGCCUUUCCAACUUCCAGAUUUGAAAGGAGACCGGUGUCAUUGCACAAAGACUGAGGCUGCAUCAAGGAUAAAGCAACACUGGACGAGGAUUAAUGGUCUCAGGGCACAGCUGAAAGGAUGUCUGCGCUCCGUCGGAAAUUCGGUGAAGACUACCAAGUUGUCAAUACUUCCAGGGGUUCCACCUACAACGCUCCCAUAAAAAAGAAAAGACAAAGGUUUGUUGACAAGAACGGUCGUUGUAACGUGCAGCAUGGGAACUUAGUCGGAGAGACAAGUAGGUACAUUUCUGAUUUGUUCACAACUUUAGUGGAUCUGAAGUGGCGAUGGAACCUCUUAAUUUUCAUUAUGACUUACACGAUAGCCUGGCUAGUGAUGGCUUCAAUGUGGUGGAUCAUAGCCUACAUCCGUGGAGACAUAGAUCAGACCCACGGUGAGAACUACACUCCGUGUGUGGCCAAUGUCUACAACUUUCCAUCCGCUUUUCUUUUCUUCAUAGAAACAGAAGCCACCAUUGGUUACGGCUUCAGAUACAUCACCGAGAAAUGCCCCGAGGGCAUCCUCCUCUUCUUGUUCCAGUCCUUGCUUGGCUCCAUUGUGGAUGCCUUUCUGAUCGGGUGCAUGUUCAUGAAAAUGUCCCAGCCAAAGAAAAGGGCAGAGACUUUGAUGUUCAGCCGCAGCGUAGUCAUCUCCCAGCGCGACGGCAAAAUGUGCCUGAUGUUUCGAGUAGGGAACCUUAGAAACAGCCAUAUGGUCUCUGCUCAGAUGAGAUGCAAAGUGAUAAAGUCCAGGCAGACCCCAGAAGGAGAGUUCUUACCCCUGGAUCAGUGUGAGUUGGAUGUCGGCUUUGGCACUGGUGCCGACCAGCUGUUCCUUGUUUCACCUCUGACUAUUUGCCAUGAAAUAACCCCUGCCAGCCCCUUCUUUGAUCUAUCCCAACGAUCUCUCCGAAGUGAUCAGUUUGAGAUUGUGGUGAUACUGGAAGGAAUUGUCGAGACUACUGGAAUGACGUGUCAAGCAAGGACAUCAUACACGGAAGACGAAGUUCUUUGGGGCCAUAGGUUCCUUCCGGUCAUGUCCUUGGAAGAAGGCUUUUUCCGUGUGGACUAUUCCCAGUUCCAUUCCACGUUCGAGGUCCCCACUUCUCCGUACAGCAUAAAGGAACAAGAGGAGAAUCUUUCCCUGACAUCGCACAGCGCCACCCCUUUCAUCGGCAACAGCAAGAACAGGAAGGAGCGAAUCUUCUCCCUGGAUAGCAUCAAUACCCUGGAGGAAAGGAGCAGCAGACUGCCAGCCAAGCUGCAGAAAAUGAGUUCCUGCAAGGAAGAGAUUCAGAUGAAGGUCCUGAGAAUGACUGCAGAUAUAGGAGAGAAAACGUGCAGCACUGGCGAUCUCCCUCUGAGAGUGCAGAGGAUAAGUUCAAUUGCCGACAUUGCUGGUGUUGAGGAAAGACUCCCUCUGAAGGCCUUCAAUGCCAUUUCCGAAUCCAUCACUCAAUCGACGGGAGAUUUGCCACAUGCCCUACAACCUGUAGGGUCACGAAUGGAUGGCAAUUUACCUGCCAAGCUGAGAAAAAUGAAUUCUCAUCGUCUACUUUAGAAGCAGACAAUGGAAAAAGGCACAAUCUUUCUUGGAGGUGAUCUGUAAAACCUCAGAGAUUUAAGACUCACAUUGAAAAGGAUUGAGGAUUUAAAUACACUUAAUUAAUGUUGGCUUGCAAAAUCACGUGACUACAAUGUUUUAAAUGGAAGGACAAUAUGAAAUUAUGUGUUGUAUACGCUUCAUAGUCAGAAUACUAAGUUAGCCUAAAGUAAGGAUACAUAUGAAAGAGGUGUUGUUUUUCUAGAGCAGCCAAAUUGAGCUAUAUUGAGCCAAGUUUACUUUGGGUUAAAGUCUUGAGUAAAACUAAUUUGUGGAGCUCUUCUUGAGGAUAGAUUGAUAACCUUUAAUCAACUAUCCUCAGUCUGAGUCACACUGGUGAGCAGUUCCCUAAGAUUGAUAUCUAACCUAUGCCAAGUUAACCUAUCUCAAUUGCGUGAAAGUGGAAGCUUAAAGCUGAUUUUAACAUCCUCUGGCUAAAGAAGAAAAAAUCAACCUGAUCUUCACUUCCAAUUGAAGUCUCUCGUUUUUAAUGUAGUGUUCUUACUAUUGACUAGGUUUAACGGCAUUAGUGAACUGAGGUAAAAUGCAAAGAUUUUUAAAACCGACACAUUACUGCAGCAAUUGUACCAUGUCAAACCAUCUCCACAUUGUGUCCGACCCAAAGCUAUACUUUUUCUUAGUCGGUCAAGGAAAUGAAGCUUUAUCAAAAUAAAUAGGUAAGCAAACAUUUGAAUUUCAUACUGAAAGUAACGGAAACACUGGCACUUGUUCAGUCAUCAUGUUCGUGUUAGAAAGAUUAGGACACUUACCUGCGUUUGGCCCAUAUCUCUCUAAACCUGGCCUAU